AUGCAGCAGACCCCCGACUCCAUCCUUAUCAUAGGCUCAGGCCUCAUGGGCCUGACGACGGCCUGGACACUGACCAAGCGUGCUCGGUUCGCCAACACCACCAUCACAAUCGUAGACCACUCGCGAGGGACGUCUUUUCCGCCCGAGGACGCAGCGAGCGUCGAUACGUCCAGAAUCAUCCGCGCCGACUAUGCGGACCCGGACUACGCAUCCUUUGCGGCGGAGGCGCAAGCACAAUGGCGCCAGCCAGGCGACGACAAAGUCGGUGGCCAGGGCCGAUACAGCGAGAGCGGCAUGGUGGUCAUGGCCGAAGACAUUGAUGGGCGCGAAAAGGACAAGAAGACGGGCAUGGAGUAUGUCAAGGCCUCGUGGGAGAAUGUGGCGUCCAUCGCAGAGCGACAAGGUCACAGCAACAAGGUGCGCACGAUCGAAGGCAGGGAGAACCUGAAGAAGAUUGUGGGGACAGAUGGAAACCCCGGCACCUGGGGCUACGUGAAUCAGAUGAGCGGCUGGGCUGAUAACGCCGCGGGGAUGCGUUGGCUGUACGAGCAGGUUCGCAGGACGAAUCGUGUCAAGUUCGUCGACGCAGAGGUCAAGGAGCUGGUGACCGAGGGCAAAAAGGUUGUCGGCGCACGGGUGCAGGACGGCAGCGUGCUCCGGGGAGAUAUUGUCUACCUCGCUGCGGGCGCGUGGAGCGGCGCGCUGAUCGAUCUCAGGGGGCGAUGUGAAGCCACUGGCCACGUCCUCGGAUACAUUGACAUCACGCAAGAGGAGCAGGAGAUUAUGGACACGAAGCCGAUCAUGAUCAACUUUGCAACGGGUCACUUUGUGAUUCCCGCCAAGCACAGACUCCUCAAGGUGGCGCGGCACGGCUUUGGGUAUCUUAACCCUGUGGUCUGCCCCAAUGCCCUACCUCUGUCGCCAGAGGACGAGAGGAAGCCGAUUGUGGCCUCGAUCCCCAGGACAGCACGGGAUCAUGGCGGCGAGGGUUUCCCCGCCGAGGCAGACGCCGACCUCCGCAAGGCGUUGACGAACAUGUGUCCCCUCAAGGGACUGGAGACGCGGCCCUGGGCAAAGCAGAAGAUCUGCUGGUACUCGGACACGCGCGACGCGGACUGGCUGGUGGACUGGCACCCCAACUGGGAGAACCUGUUCGUCGUGACGGGCGACAGCGGGCACGGGUUCAAGUUCCUGCCCGUUAUUGGCGACAAGCUUGUCGACGUGCUGGAGGGCAAAGGCGGGAACUUUGCCAACAAGUGGCGCUGGAAGGAGGUGGUCAAUGAUGUGUGUGGGCGAGUCGAUGAGAAUGGUGUAUUUCAGGGGCUGUUGACGUGGGACGGGAGUCGUGGUGGUAAGCCCGGAAUGAUCCUGGCAGAGGAGUUCAAGAAGGGUGGCAAAGCAAAGCUGUAG